AUAAUAAUAAUUUAUGAUUCCUCAAUAAAAUUAGUUAAUAAACCAUAGAAUAAUAAUUGAGAGCAAUAUCAUCAUCGUUAUUCAUACCUAGUACUACAAAUAGAGAAAACAAAAAGAAACAUAAAGUAAAGCCGUAACACGAGACAAGAAAGAUUGACACGUGGCAAGAGUACCAACGACGUGGCGAACUAUAAAUGACAUCACGUGCAAGUACACAUAACCAAUUUCUACUCUAUAUUUCAUCGGUGUAUAUGCAUGUUUUAACGUUUCCUGACCUUUUUCUCUGAUCUUCUCUAAUUCUACUUCUCUAACAAAUUAAAUUAAGAGACAAAUCUUGAAAUUUUGACAAUCAUCCCACACUAAUUUGGAGAUUGAAGAGGUAUAAUGAUGCGAAAAAUGAAGGAUUUGAUUUGGGGAAUGGAAGGGAAUGAGAUUAAUGUAUUGGCAAAUGAAUGGUGGAAUGAGAUGAUGAUGGUUGAAGGCAGUCAUAAUAAGAAUACAAAUGACACUGUCUAUUAUACCCUUUGUGCUUCCUAUGCUUUGCUUGCCAUUGUUGCUUUGGUGCAAAUUGUUCGCAUACAAAGGAGAGUACCCGAAUACGGAUGGACGACACAAAAGGCUUUCCACUUGAUGAACUUUAUUGUAAAUGGGUUAAGAGCCAUUCUUUUUGGAUUCUACAAGAAAGUGUUUCGGAUUAGGCCCCUUGCUGUUGAAAUAAUGCUACUUGAUCUUCCUGGGCUUCUCUUCUUUUCGACUUAUACAUUGCUCGUGUUAUUUUGGGCCGAGAUCUAUCACCAGGCCAGAAGCCUUCCUACCGAUAGGCUUCGACCAGGAUAUUACUUUGUGAAUUGUAUAGUGUACUUGGUUCAGAUAAUCAUCUGGAUUUGUAUGUGGAUCAGCAACGGCCAUUCGGCUCUCAGGGCAGCAAAACUUUUGUUCUCAAUUAUUUCGUUUGGUGCGGCUUUUGGAUUCUUGGUAUACGGUGGAAGAUUGUUCUUAAUGCUCAAGCGUUUUCCUAUCGAAUCUAGUGGACGACAAAAGAAGAUCUAUGAAGUUGGAAUCAUAACGACGAUAUGCUGUACUUGUUUCAUAAUAAGAUGUAUUGUGGUGGCUAUUUCUGCCUUCGACGAGGACAUCGACGUGGAUAUUAUCGAUCAUCCCUUUGGCAAUUUUCUUUAUUACAUGGUGGUUGAAAUUAUUCCUUCAGCUCUAGUUCUAUUUGUCCUUCGAAAGCUCCCUUCAAGACGCGUUUCCGAUCAUUAUCAAGCCAUCCAAUGAAGCCAACUGCAGCAAUGGUUAUUUUUUUUGGCACGACUAAUGGAAAUACGAAGUCGAUGAUAGAAUGCAGAUGUUAUGCAUUGAUCACAACGUCUAACGAAACAAGGUUAAUUACAUUAUAGUAGUGAUCAUAUGGUUGUUAAAGAGUCUUGGCUUGGCAAUGUUAGCAUAAGAUUGUUCAAUAAAAUUUAUAUAGAUAGGAAUAAUAUAAUUCAAAACAUACAGUUAGGGUUGAAAUUGAGAUUCUAAUAAUUCAACAAUGCGGAUUCUUUUCUUAAUGAUUGGUAAGGAAAUAGAAGUAUGAAAUCAAGGCUUUUCAUUUAUUUUCUGAUUUCAGAUUGAAAUAUAAAAAAGUACCUGAAAACGCGUAUAUAUUUGUAUUUAUUGUUAAUAUUUGAACUACUGUAUUAUUAAAAGAGCAAAAUAAUGAUACUCUCUUGAUAGAGGUAGCAACUGGUAGUGUACUUUGUAUUGCUGAUCGAUCAGUUGAGUUUUGAGUGGAUUAUUUGCGGAGUUCGACUAAAUAUUUAAGG